AAGCAAGGUUGCUGGCAACACUGGCAUAUGACAGUUCUGGCUGCUUGGGGAAUGAUCCAGCAGACGUGCUUGGGAACUAGAGAGCAACAGACGUAUCCGUAAUAAAGUGUACAUAAUAAAACUUAUUACAUGGUGUCAGAAGUGUAAGAACUCUCGGAACCUAAAAGCAAACGGGAAAGUAUCGUCCAAUAUCCGGUAAAUCGUGGAUUUAUUGUCGUUUGCCAGCAGAACAAACGCAUAUUAAAGUCGCAUAUUGCGUGUAUCAAGAGAAGAAAAGAAGCAGCAAGAUGGCGGCAAAUUCAGCAGACCGCUUACCAAGAGCGCUGGAUUGCUCAGAUUUGGCAAAAGAAUGGCCAAAAUGGAAGCAGCAGUUUCACAUCUUUAUGAUUGCGAAUAACAAAAUCAACGAGGACGAGCGGAACAAGAUCGCGAUCUUUUUAUGGCUAGUUGGUGAUCACGGAGUUGAAAUAUACAACACAUUAUUUCCCAGCAACGGAGACAUGAAGGCAAUGUUCGGUGAAAUUGUCGAAAACAAUGCAAAAAAAGAUGAUAAAGGAGAUGCUGCUAAAAAAGAAGAAAUAGGCAGAACAUUGGAUGACGUCAUUACUGCUUUUGAUUCUUACUGUCUUCCAAGAAAAAAUUUGGCCAUCGAAGCGUUCAAAUUCAACCUCAUAGAGCAGAAUGAAAAUCAACCCUUUGCAGAGUUUGAAACGGCACUACGAAAACAAAUGGCAUUUUGCGAAUUUGAGUGUGCAAAUUGUCACGCAUCCUAUGCUGACCGAAUGCUUCGUGAUCGUAUUAUAGUCGGCAUCCAGAAUAAAACGUUGCAGCUAAAAUUGUUGGAUGCAAAAGACGAGCCGCUUAAAAACGUCGUAGAAAUGUGUAAAACGUAUGAGGCUGCAUCAAAACACAAGCAGUUAAUUCAGACCAACGAUGUACAUCACCUCAAUAGUGUAGAAAAAGAUGCUGGAAAUUGGAAAAUAGACACAAUUCAGCGUAGUAAACUUCAUAAGGCAAGCUGCUAUAACUGUGGACAACCUUUUAACGGGAGUCAUCGUCGUUAUUGUCCUGCAAAGAAUGUGACCUGUAACAAUUGCGGAAAGCGGGGACAUUUCAUGAAAUUCUGCAAAGCUCCGAAGAUCAACAGCAACAGUGACAUCUCACGGGAACCGGUACGAACAACGCAUGAAGUGAAGCAAAGGAACGACAAAGAUGUAAACAUGAUCGCGUGGGCUGAUUCAGAGUAAACUGUAACGUAGCAACAGUGGGUUCCAAUUACAAAUGGACUAAACGAUACCUAAUUCAGGAUUGGCCAGUGGAAUUUAAGCUUGAUACCGGUGCAGAUGUCAAUUGCAUUCCUGUUAGCGUGGUUACCCGUAUGAACUUACCGUUGUCGAAAGAGCGUACAUUUAAUGUUGUGGAUUAUAAUAAUAAUCGUAUAAAAAUACACGGUCAGAUUCGUCUUACUUGUGUUGACGAGGAAACCAAAAA